GGGUGGGGAGCGGGAGGCGGAGAUCAUGACGACGACAGCACUUUUGCAAAUGUACAGGAGAGUUUGCUUCGCUCAACAAUCCCGGGGCAGUUGUGCGCGAUACCUGACCCUCACAUUGUAAACAACCCCCUCCCAAUCUCUUCCGUGCGGGUGAGGGGCGGGAGGACAUCAGGGUCCGCACGAAAUAAAAUAGGCGGAAAGCGCGGGAGCCGAGCAGAGGGUUGCAACAGGAAGAAUUAUCUGAAAGACGGGUGAGGUGGUGGGGGAUACACAGCUGAAACCGGGAUCUUCUGGAGGCGGGAAGUAGCUGCUGCGGAGCUUUAAUGGUGUCGAUUCCGUGGAAGACAUCGGCAGAGGGUAAAGCGGCUUUCGAGAGAAGAAGCCGACAAUGGUGAAGCAGAGAGAGACGGCGCGAAGUGUCUCCUGGAGUGUGCGUGCAUAAUUUCUACACCGGGGGAGCCGGAUUCUAUUCCAAGCAGGUUUACUCGGAAGUCAACCCCACGGGUCUUACUCCCGAGAAAAGCACAGGAUAGUCGGGUGAGCGAGUAAUUCUAGGGGCGCGACCCCAUGAAUGGGUACCACCUGAAUGGGUCUGAUCAGUGUGAAAAGGACCUACAACUUCAGCUUGCAAAGGAGCUGUGAGGAGGUUUGCUGCAGUCAGGAAUAAGUCUGCAUCAUUGACGCUGAAUGUAUUGACUGCUUGCCUUGGAGUAAAGGUGACUUUCUCCACUUUGGAAUAUGGUGCCUAACUUCAGCAUCCCUGGGUUUUUUGUGCCAGCACUAGUUCUGUGCUGCUUGAUGUCAUCAACGGAGGCGGAUAGCAAGCCAAACUUCAUGAAAACUCCUGAGGAUCAGAUUGGGAUAUCUGGAGGUGUGGCCUCCUUUGUAUGCCAAGCAAUAGGAGAGCCAAAGCCACGUAUCACAUGGAUGAAGAAAGGAAAGAAAGUUAGCUCCCAACGAUUUGAGGUUAUUGAAUUUGAUGAUGGGUCUGGAUCAGUUCUACGUAUUCAACCGCUGCGUGUCCUUCGGGAUGAAGCAAUAUAUGAGUGCAUGGCUACCAACAGUGUUGGGGAGAUAAAUACCAGUGCCAAACUGACAGUGUUAGAAGAGAACCAGAUCCCAUCUGGCUUUCCAACCAUAGACAUGGGUCCACAGCUCAAGGUAGUAGAGAAGGCCCGCACUGCUACAAUGCUCUGUGCUGCCAGCGGUAACCCUGACCCUGAAAUAUCCUGGUUCAAAGACUUUCUUCCUGUGGACACAGCCACUAGCAAUGGCAGAAUCAAACAGCUCCGUUCAGGAGCUCUACAGAUUGAGAACAGUGAAGAGUCAGACCAAGGCAAAUAUGAAUGUGUCGCCACGAACAGUGCUGGGACCCGUUACUCUGCUCCAGCCAACCUUUAUGUGCGAGUGCGGCGAGUGUCACCUCGAUUUUCAAUCCCUCCAAGUAACCAUGAGGUGAUGCCUGGAGGGAGCGUGAAUCUCACAUGUGUAGCAGUGGGGUCCCCAAUGCCCUAUGUGAAGUGGAUUGUCGGAGAUGUGGAGCUGACGAAAGAAGAUGACAUGCCAAUGGGCAGGAAUGUUUUAGAGUUGACCAACAUCACGCAGUCGGCCAACUACACCUGCGAAGCCAUGUCCUCACUGGGGGUAAUCCAUGCAACAGCACAGAUCACUGUCAAAGCUCUUCCAAAACCUCCAAUGGAGCCAUUAGUAACGGAGACAACUGCUACCAGUGUGACUCUCACCUGGGACUCAGGAAAUGCUGACCCAAUCUCCUACUAUGUCAUCCAGUAUAAGUCCAAGUCAUUAGAGGGCACUUUCCGAGAAGUAGAUGGUGUGGCAACUACCCGCUAUAGCAUUGGUGGCCUAAGCCCCUUCUCAGAAUAUGAGUUCCGCAUUAUUGCUGUAAACAACAUUGGCAGGAGUCCCCCUAGUGAGUUGGUGGAUGCACGGACAGGAGAGCAAGCUCCAUCAAGCCCACCCCUCAAAGUGAAGGCACGGAUGCUGAGUUCCAGCACCAUGCUGGUCCAAUGGGAACAACCUGAAGAGCCCAAUGGGAUGAUCCGUGGCUAUCGAGUGUACUACACCAUUGACCCCCACCUACCACUCAGCAAGUGGCAGAAACACAACACUGAUGAUAAUCAUCUCACCACUGUAGGAAGUUUGAUAACUGGGGCUACCUAUAGUAUUCGUGUCUUGGCUUUCACCUCAGUAGGAGAUGGGCCCCCUUCUGAUGUCAUCCAGAUAAAGGCCCAACAGGGUGUUCCAUCUCAGCCAGCUGAUUUCCAAGCUGAGGCAGAGUCUGACACACGGAUCAUGCUGACCUGGCAGCCAGCACCUCAAGAACGUGUCACCAAAUAUGAGUUGGUGUAUUGGGAAGAGACAGAUGGGAUCCAGCAUAAGGUGGACUUUGACCAGACCUCAUCAUAUGCACUUGAAGGGCUCAAGCCGGACACACUCUACAAGUUCCAGCUGGCAGCCCGCUCUGAGCUGGGCCUAGGGGUCUAUACCCCAGUUUUGGAAGCUCGAACAGCACAGUCCACCCCUUCUGCCCCACCCCAAGAGGUCGUGUGUGUAAGCACCAGCUCCACCUCUAUCCGGGUAAGUUGGGUACCACCACCGGCUCAGAGCCGCAAUGGAGUCAUCACACAGUAUUCUAUCGCAUACCAAGCGGUGGAAGGAGAGGACAACAGCAAGCGUGUGGUUGAGGGCAUUGGACACGAGCAUUCAAGCUGGGAGAUCAACAGCCUGGAGAAAUGGACAGAGUACAAAGUGUGGGUGAGGGCUCACACAGACGUGGGUCCUGGGCCAGAGAGCAUCCCGGUCUGGGUUCGCACUGAUGAAGACGUGCCCAGUGCUCCACCUCGGAAAGUGGAGGUAGAAUCAGUGAACUCCACAACCAUUCGUGUUACCUGGAAGUCACCUAUCUCUAACAAGCAGCAUGGCCAGAUCCGAGGCUACCAAGUCAUCUGUGUGAAGCUGGAGAAUAAUGAGCCAGUUGGGUUGCCUAUCAUGAAAGACGUCAUGGUAGCAGAGUCCCAGUUAAGGUUUAAGGACGCUAUUGACCACGAAACCCUCAUAGGAGGCCUUUUACCCGAAACAUCCUAUUCUAUCAGCAUCGCAGCCUACACCACCAAAGGGGAUGGGGCCCGCAGCAGGGACAAGGUGGUUACUACAAGUGGAGCAGUCCCAGGCAAGCCUACCAUGAUGAUCAGCACCACAGCCAUGAAUACAGCUCUGAUCAAUUGGCACCCACCUAAAGAGAUGGUUGGGGAGCUGCUGGGCUACCAGCUGCAGUACAAACAUGCUGAGGAGGAGAAGAUGAGGAUUAUGAACUUUGAGAAGAACAUGGAUCACUUCACCGUGACUGACCUUUACAAGGGAGCCACCUACAUCUUCAAGCUGGCUGCGAAGAAUAGGGUUGGUCUUGGGGAGGAGUUUGAAAAAGAAAUCACUACCGCAGAGGAGGCACCAAGCGGUUUCCCCCAGAACCUGCACGUGGUGGGCCUGACCACGUCCACCACUAAAGUGACUUGGGAGCCACCAAUUCUGGCGGAGAGGAAUGGGAAAAUGACCAACUACACAGUUGUGUACAGAGACAUUAACAGCCAGCAGAACCUGACCAAUGUUACAAGGGAAACGAGCAUCACUCUGACCAACCUCAAACCUGACACAACCUAUGACAUCAAAGUUAGAGCCCACACUAACAAGGGAGCUGGCCCUCUCAGCCCCAGCAUUCAGUCUAGGACGAUGCCAAUGGAACAAGUGUUCGCAAAGAACUUUCGUGUCAGUGCUGUGAUGAAAACAUCAGUGCUACUUAGCUGGGAGGUUCCAGACUCUUACAAAUCUGCAGUUCCUUUCAAGAUUCUGUACAAUGGCCAGACUGUGGAGGUGGAUGGCCACUCCAUGAGGAAGCUGAUUAAUAACCUGCAGCCAGACACAAAUUAUUCCUUUGCACUCACAAACCGGGGAAGUAGCGCAGGAGCCUUGCAGCACCGAGUCUUCAUCCGGACAGCACCUGAUGUCAUCCAGAGCAAGCCCAUUUCCACAUACAAAUAUAUCCAUAAUGGGCAGUUCACUCUGACUCUCCCCAAAGUGCAGACCUCUGUGCCAGUCAGGUGGUACUACAUCGUGGUUGUGCCGAUAGACCACACAAGCAACCUAGUUGGCUCCAGAUUGAAGAGCCCGGAUGAUAUGGGACUAGACCAGAUACUUGAGGCCAUGAACCAAGGGGACCCAAGCAGGCGCCAGCGACGCCAGGCAGAGCGGCUCAAGCCUUACAUUGCUGCCCAAAUGGAUGAUCUACCAGAGACCUUUGUCUUGGGGGACCAGAAGAGCUAUCAAGGCUUCUACAAUAAGCCCCUUUCAGAAGACUUGAGCUACCGUUGUUUUGUGCUGGCUUCACUGGAGGAUGGGGAUACGAAGAAGUAUGCAGCCAGUCCCUACUCAGAUGAGAUUGUGAUGGAGGUUUCAGCAAAACAGCAGGAUGAACCAGAGAUGCUGUGGGUGAUGGGGCCUGUCCUGGCUGUCAUCUUAAUCAUCAUCAUUGUCAUUGCUAUCCUGCUCUUCAAAAGGAAAAGGGCCAAUUCACCCUCUGCCAAGGAUGAACAUUCCAUUGGCCUGAAGGACUCCUUGCUGGCCCAUUCCUCUGACCCUGUUGAAAUGAGGCGACUCAACUACCAAACACCAGGUGCCAGUGGCCCCAGUUGCCCGAAUAUCUCAAGCAUGCGUGAUCAUCCUCCCAUUCCAGUGACGGACCUCGCAGACAACAUCGACCGACUGAAGGCCAAUGAUGGGCUGAAGUUUUCCCAGGAAUAUGAGUCGAUUGAUCCUGGGCAGCAGUUCACCUGGGAGAACUCCAACCUAGAAGUGAACAAACCAAAGAACCGCUAUGCAAAUGUGAUUGCCUAUGACCAUUCACGUGUCAUUCUGACCUCCAUUGAUGGUGUUCCUGGAAGUGACUACAUCAAUGCUAAUUACAUUGAUGGCUACCGGAAGCAGAAUGCCUACAUUGCUACACAAGGGCCUUUGCCAGAGACACUCAGUGACUUCUGGAGGAUGGUAUGGGAACAGCGCACAGCAACUAUCGUCAUGAUGACUCGGUUGGAGGAGAAGUCUCGGGUGAAGUGCGACCAGUACUGGCCAGGCCGUGGUACAGAGACCUAUGGAUUGAUCCAGGUGACAUUGCUGGACACAGUUGAACUUGCCACGUACACAGUUCGGACAUUUGCCCUCUACAAGAAUGGGUCCAGUGAAAAGCGGGAGCUGCGGCAGUUCCAGUUUAUGGCUUGGCCUGACCAUGGGGUGCCAGAGUACCCUACCCCGAUCUUAGCCUUCCUGAGAAGAGUGAAAGCCUGCAACCCCCCUGAUGCUGGGCCAGUGGUUGUACAUUGCAGUGCCGGUGUGGGCAGGACAGGCUGCUUCAUUGUAAUUGAUGCCAUGCUUGAGAGGAUGAAGCAUGAGAAGACAGUGGACAUCUAUGGGCAUGUGACAUGCAUGCGCUCACAAAGAAACUAUAUGGUGCAGACUGAGGAUCAGUAUAUCUUCAUCCACGAGGCCUUGCUUGAAGCAGCCACCUGUGGAAACACUGAGGUGCCUGCACGCAACCUCUUUGCUCACAUCCAGAAGCUGAGUCAGGUACCUCCGGGUGAGAGUGUCACAGCAAUGGAACUGGAGUUUAAGCUCCUUGCCAACUCUAAAGCACAUACCUCACGAUUCAUCAGUGCCAACCUCCCCUGCAACAAAUUCAAAAACCGCCUGGUGAAUAUUAUGCCCUAUGAGCUGACACGGGUUUGCCUGCAGCCAAUCCGAGGCGUCGAGGGCUCCGAUUACAUCAAUGCCAGCUUUGUAGAUGGCUAUAGGCAGCAAAAGGCCUACAUCGCCACACAGGGACCCCUUGCUGAAACUACAGAGGAUUUCUGGCGGAUGCUGUGGGAGCACAACUCUACUAUUGUGGUGAUGCUGACCAAAUUGCGAGAGAUGGGGCGGGAGAAAUGCCACCAGUACUGGCCAGCAGAGCGUUCUGCUCGGUACCAGUACUUUGUGGUGGAUCCCAUGGCUGAAUACAACAUGCCCCAGUACAUUCUGCGUGAGUUCAAGGUCACUGAUGCCAGAGAUGGACAGUCAAGAACCAUCCGGCAGUUCCAGUUCACUGACUGGCCUGAGCAGGGCGUACCAAAAACUGGAGAGGGGUUCAUUGACUUCAUUGGGCAAGUUCAUAAAACCAAGGAGCAGUUUGGCCAGGAUGGGCCCAUCACUGUACACUGCAGUGCGGGGGUCGGACGCACAGGGGUGUUCAUCACAUUAAGCAUUGUACUGGAGCGUAUGCGCUAUGAGGGCGUAGUUGACAUGUUCCAGACUGUGAAGACCUUGAGGACACAACGACCAGCCAUGGUGCAAACAGAGGACCAGUAUCAGCUGUGCUACAGGGCUGCACUGGAGUACCUUGGCAGCUUCGAUCACUAUGCAACGUAACUAGCGCUUUCAGCCAGUUGCAGCGGGAAUGUCCAAGAGCAGAGACGGGUUCUCCCCAGCCAGCCGCCCAUUUGUUAGUCCUUCUGUGCAGAUGCUGCUGCUGUUGUUGCAGCAUCAAGCCUCCCCAUGACCAACCAGUUCUGACCACAGUAUUUGGGUUCAUUGCCACAGCGCCAAAGGUGGGACCAGCUUCUAGCGUUUCCAAUUUCCAGAUGAAUUUCUGUUAAUGCCCCCACUCCUCCUCCUCCCCUUGACAGCAUUUCAUGGUGAGAGUCACUGGGUGGAUGGAAUGGGAUCUUUUAUAUAUGUAAAAUAGUUAAACUUAGUCUUUUAUAUCUUUUCUUUUAUAAAUUCUUUUGCAAGUCUUAAUGUUUUGCCCAAGCAAAACAGGAGAAUGGAGGUGGUGGGGUUUGAAUUUCCUUUUGCUUCCCCCGCCCUUACUCUUUUGUUGUCUCAAUCAAGGUGGUGCUGCCCAUUUUCGGGCAGCCCCGGUUAAUAUUAGUGGCUGGCUCACAGCUCUGGGACCCUUCCACUCCCUCUUCAGUCCUUUGUAGAAUAUUCAAUUUCACAGAGCUGGAGCCAACUUAAUGCUUAUUUCUAAAGCCUUUUAUUCAUAAGCCUGUCUGUCAGGUGGGACUCCAGCAGCUAUUAGAUGCUUGGUCCUAUUGACAUGUGUCCAGUGACCUCAUAUUUGUCAGCAGAUCCCUUAUGAACUUUCCAUUUGAGGGAGAGACCCACUGCUUGGGAUUCUCUUGUUAAGAUGGGGGGGAAAUGUGGCAUCCUUGCCGCACAAAAAAAAAGUUCCCAAAAGGGACCUGACCGACACAUUUAUUUAGUCCUUUCUGUGCCAGUAGCAUCCUGAGGUGCUGUUGCCUAGGCAACUGUGGCCAACCAAGUGCAUUGGAGCACCUUCCAAGGUGAAAGAGCACAACUCUGGGAAGACAAGCCUUCCUGCACAAACAACCCCGGCAUGGGGGUGCCUUGGCUAUUAGGGAGGGAGGGGUGGGAUUAUUCAGGUAAGGAAUUCAGUUCUCAGAGGCUGAGUGUAGCUAUAAUUUCUGCUAUCCUGUACCACAUUUAAAAGUCAUUAGAAUGCUGUAUUUUUCACUAUUAAUGAAACAACCCGUGUUGCAGACUUGAGUCAAAAUACCAAAAAAAGAGGCAACACGUCGACCAAUUCCAACAGGCGAAAUAUAACUGUUUUUAUCUUUAUAAACUAUAACGACAUGCAAGACAGUGAUCCAAGGUAAUCAUACUGUUUCAGUUUGAUCUUCUUCAGUUUUUUAACUACAAAAAAUAAAUAAAUAUAUAUCAUUAAUUAUGUCAUACAUUAUAUUAAGGCCAAUGGCCAGCAUGAACACGAGUCUAUACAGUCCAUAAUAUCUUAACAUUGAAAAAAUACAGAAAAUUACAAAAAUAAAACAUACCUUAGUGUUUGUAUACAAUCUGCGGAACAGGGGUCAUACACAUAUGUAACCCCUGCUGCCUGAAGCAGGAAAAAGAAAGCUUAAUAUACAGUUCCACCACAGGUAACACCCUAGUUAAUCAAGGAUAUUGAAAUUUUAAAGUUACAUGCAACCUCAAGAUCCUGAAAGUAAUAUAAUUAGAUGAAACAAUUCAAAUCUAACUCAGAGUUCAAUCCUUCUGGAUGAAGCGUUUUGAACAUAAAAAUAAAUUGUGAUUCUUUUUGUCUUAAUAAUUUUACAUAAUCCUGUUUAGGGUUCACCUUCUUCCUAUUAACCCAUGAUUGUUAGCUAAAAAAUGCUCAACCAGGGGUGCUUCCCGAACCGCAUUCCUAAUGUGGGAUCGGUGUUCACUGAUACGUGUUCCCACAGACCGGAUUGUUGACCCUAUAUAAAAUAAAUUACAUGGGCAUCUAAUUAAAUAUACCACCUCUUUUGUUUGGCAUGUACUGAAAUGUCUAACAGAAAAUCAGUGGGAGGAUGGGGGUCAGGUCGAGCCUGUAAUAAAUUACUGAUGAUAGCUCGUGCCUCAUCCAACGGUAUAUUUGUAUACUUACUGGAUGUUGUUUUUGAGAAAAAUUAUUUCCGUUUUUGGACACAUUUUAUAACAGGAGGAAGGUGAACACUAAACAUGAUUAUGUAAAAUUAUUAAGACAAAAACAGUAUGAUUACCUUGGAUCACUGUCUCGCAUGUUGUUAUAGUUUAUAAAGAUAAAAACAGUUAUAUUUCGCCCGUUGGAAUUGGUCGACGUGUUGCCUCUUUUUUUGGUAUUUUUCACAGGAUGGUCUAAUUAACCAAUGUGGCAAGACUACUGGACUUAAUUUAACAGUACUAUAUAUUAAUACUCCUUAUUCUCUCUCACUUGCACUAAAGGCAGGGAGAUUACAGCCUUCUCCCAGGUGCAUAGUUCUAUAAAUAAAGGUGGUGGAAAGGUCUCUAACUGUAUUAUCCAAUGUAUCCGAAUUACAUUGAAAUCAACAAUCCUGGGUUGGUGAUGUUGGAGAGAACAUUCAUUUUUACCUUGUGAAAGCAUAGUGCUGUAGGGAUCACUGUUGUAUACAGUCUGUUUUCUAUUUGUUAAUAAAAAUCUACAGCAUCAUUGCAUAAUUCUUGAUGUUAAUAAAUUUGAAUAAUCGGGUUUCCUA